AUGCUUUACGAACUCGUAGGGAUAAUCCGACCCGGCAACCUCGCCGAGGUCAAAGAAAUCGCCCUCACCUGCGGCCAAAUCGUCCUCCGCCAAGGCGGCGUCAUCCGCGGCCUCGCCAACCUCGGCGUCUUCUCCCUCCCGUCCCCCGUCACCAAGCACCAGAUGAAGCACCGCGACGGCCACUACUUUGUCAUGCGCUACGACGCCUCCGCCGCCGCCCACGCCAACGUCCGAUCCACCAUGCGCCUCGACCCCGCGUAG